ACGCACUUCCUGCGUAGCCUUUGUUACCGUUAACGUGUGAGCCUUUGGUUUGCGAGGGUCGCCAUUUGGUGCCCAAAACCUCUGUUCGCUGCAAAGCUGCAGAGGCUGCCUAGAACCCACGCUCCUGGAACUUUUACUUUUCCUCACGACAGGAGUAAAAGAGGUCUGAUGAUGACAGCAAUGUCCGUAACAGCUAGACCCCAGGAAUUGGUGACUUUUGAGGAUGUGGCUGUGUACUUCACUGAGAAGGAGUGGGUCAGCCUGGAGCCUGCUCAGAAGGCCUUGUACAGGGAUGUGAUGCUGGAGAACUAUGAGUCUGUGGUCUUUCUAGCAGCAGCAUCCACUUCCCACAAGCCAGCUCUGAUCUCUCAGCUGGAGCAAGGGAAAGAACCAUGCUUCUCUCAGCCACAGGGAGCCUUAAGCAGGAGAAACAGGAGAGCAGGUGCUAAGGGAUACCUCCCAAAACUGAGAAGAUUGGCCUAUUUGACUAAAAUAAUAACACGUGCAAUAAAGUUGAAAAUUCCUCAGAAUCGCCAGUUCUGGGAAGACAGAAGAAAGGGCUAAAUCUUUACCAUUAAAUACCAGUUUUCAAAGAAAUGAGUUGAUUGAAAAACCAUCUUAAAUGUUGUCAAGUAUGCAUUGUCUCUUUCUGUAGACUCAUGGAUUUCAGUUCAUUAAAAUGCUCAUUUUGAUGUACCAAGCAGAC